AAUUUUCGUUUUCCUCUUGAUUUCCUCUUUCGAUUGAUACCUGUUUUGAUACCAUCCAUUCGUUUUGGUCAAAUCUAGGUUUUGAGCUAGAUCUAGAUCUUUAAACUACAGAUCUGAUCAAAAUUAUUGGGUAGAUGUUGAAUUCCUUCGAUGUUCUUAUCAGAUCUGUUCUUAAUUCUAGUUUUCCCCCAGAAAAAAUGAAUUUUGAUUCUCGUUGACUUUGAUGUUCUAGGGUUCGUCAGAUCUGGAAAUUAAUAGAGGGCUUUUGUCUGUGUUGUCGUUAAUUAACCGAUUAUUUGAGUUUCGAUUCUUGAUUUGAUGAUUUAAGCUGUUAAUUGAAAAAUCUAGGGUUAGGGUUUUCAUAAUUUGGGGAUUUUUUUAAUUUACUCUUAGUUUCCUUUCCUUAGCCACUUAUGUAAUAACUGUGAUAGUUUAGACUCAUAAUUGUUUCUCACCUGUUAGUGUGUGUGGAUGACGUAUAUAACUUUCAGACCAAGUUACCUAAAGGCUUUGUUUUUUAUUUUACAGGUUAACAUACAUAGCAUGGGUCUUAAGCGUUCUUUUGAAGCUGAGGAUGUGCAAGAGCUCAACUUGAAGGAUGCAAGACAGAUUAGCUAUUGCAAUAAGCUGGCCAAACUAGAUGAAGGAGUUCCAUUUCGUGUUUCUUUAGAGAAGCCAGGUGUUGUAAUAGGAGACGACGUUCUGAGUGAUCUCUAUGGAUUUAAAUGUGAGGAUAAUGUUGAGAAGGGGUUUGAGACUGAUGCACCUUUCUCUUGGAUGACGUCCUCUUUUGAGGAAGAUUCUCCGUCUGGUGGGACGACUCAAUCUACCCUUUGUGAUGAGUCUCCAGAGUCAGAUUAUCUCUGGAGACCAGUUUGCCUUGCAGACGAUGUUGAGUGGUGUCAGAGUUCUCCAAGAAAAGCAGUUCUAAUUGGGUCAGAUUACCAGGCUGAUAUUCCUGAAUGUGUCAAGAAUGAGGUCCGUGAUGCUAUUGAUGACAAAGAAGAACAAGUGAUGAUGGGGAAGUGUGUUAUUGCAAUGCCUGACUGUGAAACCGAGGUUUACGAAAUUGGUAGAGGAAGAAAGGAGUGCAUUUGCAUGGAUAAAGGGUCAGUCAGAUGCGUGCAGCAGCAUAUAAUGGAAAACAGAGAGGGUUUGUUUGAAACUAUUGGAUACGAAAGAUGUCUGAACUUAGGUCUCGGUGAAAUGGGGGAAGAAGUUGCUGGCAAGCUAACUGAAGACGAGGAGGAUCUAUUCCACGAGGUUGUUUACUCCAACCCGGUUUCACUAAACCGGGAUUUCUGGAAACAACUGAAGUCUUCGUUUCCUUCACGUACCAUGAAGGAGAUUGUGAGCUAUUACUUCAAUGUCUUUAUCCUGAGAAGACGAGCUGUUCAGAAUCGUUCUAGAAGUUUGGACAUUGAUAGUGAUGAUGACGAGUGGCAAGUAGAGUAUGAUAACACGUUUCAUGGUCCUGAAACUCCUGGAAAGAGCCUCUCAAGAGAUGAAGAAGAAGAAGAAGAAGAAGAAGAAGAAGAAGAAGAAGAAGAAGAAGAAGAAGAAGAAGAAGAAGAAGAAGAAGAAGAAGAAGAAGAAGAAGUGAAUGCUGAAGAAGAUUCAUGCAUGUCCUAUGACUUCAAGUCCAAUAAUGCAAUCUCCUCUCGAUGUCCAGUUAGAAAGAGAGAAGAAUCCAACGUUGGAAAUUACUGGCGCCACUGCAAUGAUCUUGUGGAGGAUCAUCCUUAUUCAUUUGACCCUUGUGACUCGAUACUAUCAGAUCAAUUUUGGAGUAAGAAGAUUGAUCUUCUUCCAACUUCGAACAUCAUCGAUGAGAUCUUUGGUCAAGACGCAUGGGAUGAUGAUUUCUUCAGGGGAAAGUAGAUGAAGAAUGGUCUGCGAUCUUCAUUUGUUACUCUUCUCUAGUUCUCUGUAUGUAAAUGCAUUAUUUAAGACAAUCCCGAGUUGAAAAUUUUCAGGGAGUUCUCUGUAUAGUGUAUCUGCAGUCACUUUUUGCUUUUUUAACCUUUGUAAAUUAGGAUUAGAUUUUCUUGUAUGAAGAAGAAAAAAUCUUCAGAAACUGUUUAAUAAAUUAACCUUUUCAUCUGU